AUGUCGAUGCCAAACAACAAAACACUCUGCUGCACCUGCAACAAGCCUAAGAUUACAUAUUCGUGCAAAGGCUGCCUACAAGAAUUUUGUUCAACUCAUCUAUCAGCACAUCAAGAAACAUUGAAUGAAGAACUAAAUGGAAUUAUUGAUAAUUGCAACCGCUUGAAUGAGAUAAUGACUCAACAAAAUCAAAAUCAAUCCAGUCUACAAGAAAUCGAUCUGUGGGAAGUAAGUUCUAUUGAAAAGAUUCAACAAAUGGCGGAAGAGUGUCGGAAAGUGAUUGAAGAAACAGAUAUAUUUAUGCAUCAUCUUCGCAGGAAUUUUCAUCAAUUAACCAACGAGUUGACACAAGUUCGUGAAGAAAAUGAAUUCAAUGAGAUGAAUUUAAACUAUUUGAGAGAUGAAUUGCGAAAAAUGACAGAAGAGUUCUACAAUUUAGCCAAGGUCUUUCGGGAACAAGAUUCAUCAUCAUUUGUGAAUAAAAUUUCAGUCGAAACGUUACAAAAAACGAAACAUAGCAAAUGGAAACGAUAUGGUUAUUCUGUUGCGGGAGGGAAUAAACAAGGGAAUCAUUUAAACCAAUUCGCUGGUCCGUAUAAAAUUGUGCUCGACGUAGAUAAGAACAUUUAUGUCGUUGAUUAUUGGAAUCAUCGGAUUGUUCGUUGGAAACCCAAUGCAAUAGAAGGAGAAAUUGUCACGAAUGGAUCCGAAGACGGAAAUGAAACGAAACAAUUGAACUGUCCAACGGAUGUUAGUGUGAAUGAAGAAAAUCAUUCGGUCAUUAUUGCGGAUCGAGGAAAUCGACGCAUCGUCGAAUUAUUAGAUCAAAACUAUAAAGUUCUCUUUGAAAAUAUUGAUUGUGCCAGUCUGAUUAUGGAUAAUCAUGGUUCUUUCUACAUCUCUGAUUGUGAGAAAAAUGAAGUGAGGCGAUGGACUAUUGGAGAUGAACAAGGAAUGUUAGUUGCCGGUGGGAAUGGAUGUGGUGACCAACUCAAUCAACUUCAUUUUCCCAGUUUUAUAUUCCUUGAUAAACAGGAUUGUUUGUACAUCUCCGAUGGACAAAAUCAUCGUGUGAUGAAGUGGCAAAAACACGCGACAGAAGGCACUAUCGUUGCUGGUGGCAAUGGUAAUGGUAAUAGACUCGACCAGUUAUCUCUUCCUGCAGGCAUAUUUGUGGAUGAUUGGAAUAGAAUUUACAUCGCAGAUUGUGGAAACCAUCGAGUUAUGCGUUGGUGUGAGGGACAAAAGGAAGGGGAAAUUAUCCUUGGUGGAAACGGAUGUGGAAAAGGAUCCGACCAGUUACAUUGUCCCAAUGAUAUAGCAUUUGAUUUCGAUGGAAAUCUUUAUGUCGCUGAUUGGAAGAACAAUCGAAUUCAAAGAUACGAUUUGGUGUCAGACUUCAUUCGUGAGAGAAAAGUCGACAAUUCCUUGUUGAGUUUUAUUCAAAAAUCUGUCUAG